UCUUUUGCAUGACGUGAUCUGAUUAAAGGAAGCGUGAACGGGAUAUGGCGUCAGUAGUAGAAAAGCUGAAGUCGGCAGCAGUGAAGUUGCGCCUCUACAUACCGUGGCUCUACCUCACUCGCUACCCUUUUCUAUACGCACUCUCCCUUCUCAUGUUCUUAUCAGAGUACUCCGAAAAUAAAAAAAACCGGGAGUAUCAGGUUUCUACUGCAAUAAUAUACGUGCAUCUAGCAAUUGUCAUCACUUGCACGACAUUCUUAAUCUUCCAGUACAAGCCACGCCUCUUUUCACUCAUUCUGGCAGUGGAACAACCUCUGGCUAACUACUUCCUCUUCUCUGUGGCUGCCCAACCGCCCGAAUGGCAAAAGUUGCACUAUGGUGGUAGAAUAGUGCUGCAGUUUGCCUCUUUUCUCCUCAUGUCAUCAGGCUAUGCCAACUACCCCGCCAGAAGGAGCAUUCACCCCAAAGUCAGACACGUAGCAGUGUGUUGUCACGGAAUGUACUUGGUAUCUGUGACAUUCUUGGUGUUUAAUGAACCGACUUUAAGAAGUGCCUUGAUACAUCUUUUCGGAGAAGAACACGGAGACGUGUGCAGUACAAUGCUGGGUCUGUUCAUCGGCGCAGCUGCCGCUUUCUACCUCUCGGGACACCCUUCCAAACUGCUUUCAACAGUGACCCUAGCUCUUCUCAUUCCAUACUACAUCGUGUCCUGGAACAUACCAUACUGGCAGAGACAUCAUAAAACCCAGUAUUGGUACUGCAUCCGAAACAUUUUAGACGACUCCUGUUUUCUAUCUUGUCUUUCUUUCUAUAUGUUCAUGUUUCGAUAAUCUCAUCUCUUAAUUUUUGGAUCAACCGCGAUUGGCUUGUUGUUAGCUGCAAUUGGUUUUUAAACACUGAUUUCAACAGUAUUCAGUUGAGCUGAUUACCUGUGAGCAUAUCUGAUUACCUUUGAAAGAUUUCGAAGCUUUUGAACUGAUUUUGAAGUUCCGAGGCCUCAGAGUUUUCUUUAGAUUUAAAAGAGAAAAAGACAACCCAUUGGCUAGCAUGGUUUCUGAAUUAUUUCAAACUUCCCAGUCAUGACUGGUUUAAUUUGAAAAUUGAAGUCUUCAUCCUGAGAGUAUUUAA